AUGGCUGUACAACCUCCAAGUCCCGAGAAGCAUAGAGGAGGUUACCGCCAGAUCAACAAGGCGCUCAACAUCUGCGCAUUUCAAGACUAUCUUGACACCCAACUCUCACGCCUACCUGAGAUCGCCGACGUCGAGGUGCUUAGUCCACGUGUAAUCCGUGUCCUGGGUCAGAAUGCCGGAAAAUUCACUUUACAGGGCACGAACUGCUACAUUAUAGGUACAGGGUCUCAGAGAAUGCUCAUCGACACAGCCCAAGGCCUACCGGAGUGGGCUGACUUGAUUUCUUCAACGCUUGCAGACGCCAACAUGACGCUCUCGCACGUCUUCCUCACGCAUUGGCAUGGCGAUCACACAGGCGGUGUGCCGGACCUCUUACGAAUGUAUCCAACGUUGAAAGGAUCAAUAUACAAACACAUGCCCAACAAAUCUCAGCAACCUAUUACCGACAGCAGCGUUUACAGCGUCGAGGGCGCCACAUUGAGAGCAGUCCACGCCCCCGGUCAUGCACAAGACCACACAUGCUUCGUACUCGAAGAGGAAAUGGCUAUGUUCACAGGCGACAAUGUCCUUGGUCAUGGAACAGCGGCAGUUGAGCAGUUGAGCGUAUGGGUUGAUUCUUUGCGCGUCAUGCAGUCCCACAAUUGCCAGAUAGGCUACCCAGCACAUGGUACGGUGAUUAAGAAUUUGCCACGAAAGAUCGAGCUGGAGCUCAGGACGAAGGAACGGCGAGAGACGCAGGUCCUCAGAGCGUUAUCUCAAGUUCGUACUCCCGGCGGUAAGAGUAGUGUUACGGUGAAGCAGUUGGUCACUGUUAUGCAUGGGAACGAACUGGACCUUCAGGUUCGCCAAAUGGCAAUCGAGCCGCUCAUGGAUGAGGUGUUGAAGAAAUUGGCAGAGGAUGGAAAGGUGGCAUUUGAAAUCAGGCGGAAGGAGAAGAAGUGGUUUGCUAUCAUGUAA